AUAAAACCACUUACAUCGUCCACAACCGGGAUCCAGUUCUCUAUUGUAAAUUCCGCCCGCAGUAUUUAUAUAAUACCUGCUGUAGUGUGUGAGAUUAUACAGCGUCAUAAAAGGACUUGGUUUGAGGCAGACAUUUUAAACAGGCACCCAAAGCAAGAUUCACCUCUUUUUUAUCCUUUUUACCAAACUUUCUCAUCGUACACAGCAAGUUACCUCUGACAUGCAGGCCACGUCUUAUCCCACCCAGCCUGGAGUCCCGGGCCAGACUUUCUACGGCCACCAGCCCGCUCCAGUUAGCUAUGUCAUUCCGGUGCAGAACCCGAACUCGUCGAGUGGCGUGUCGCAGAACUUUAACGGAGCUGCCGGGAGAGCGACUGGUUGGCUGCAGCUGUCCCUUGGCAUCGGGAGCAUCGUCGUCGCCAUUCCCGAGUUGGUUCUCGGCUUAGGAGUAGGCUUUUCCGGCAUGGGAAUUUGGGCCAGUGUUCUGUUCUACAUUCCUACCGGAAUCUUAGGAAUAUGUUCGAUGCAGAAGAACACUUGCGUGAUCGUCGGCUAUCUUACGAUGUGUAUCAUCACGGCAAAUGUUGCCUUUGUUCAAAUGCUUCUUGGUGUCAUUUGGACAGGAAUCACCAGUGUCUUUCUUCAUGACUUUGGCAACAUUGACCACGGAAUAGCGGGGGGAAGCGUCGCAAUUGACUCUCUGUUGGCAAUCCUUGGCCUGAUCGAGAUGAUUGUAGCCAUUGUUGCUUCAGCCUACUGCUGUGGUGGCAUGGCCUGUUGCAACUCAUCUUCACAAACCACCACCACUGUGUACACCCAACUGAACACUCCGAUGGUUGUGACAACCGGCCAGUACAACGUUCAGCAGACGUAUCCCCCUGCUGACCAGCUUGUUGCACCUGUUCCCUACAACCAAGCUCCUGUUGCCCCGUACAACCAGGCUCCUGGUGCCCCGUACAACCAGGCUCGUGCUGCCCCGCAUUACCAAGCUCUGGGUGCCCCGUACAACCAACAAGCAGCUGCUGCACCGACCAAACCUCUAGGAGUGGUGGCUUAAAUGUGUUAGGAAAAUAGAUUGUAUUGGUAAAACUAGCAAUUACCCCGACAUGCAAACGCUUAAAUUGGGAAUAAUAAUCAAUAGCUAUAUGCUUGAUCAAUAAAAUACAAGCUUACUCCGAGACACACGAACAUUAAGAGAAAAGGUAGUUUAUCCCUGCAACAUUUCAGAUAUUAUGAAGAGAGUAAUUUGAGUUCUAAACUGUGGUACAGUGUUUAUAAUUUGACAUCUUUUGUAAUCUAAUUUCUGCAGUUGGUGAUUAAGAUAGAAGGUUAUGAAAUUUUAUAUGCGAAAAUAACGUCUGAUCUAUUUUGAUAGAAGCGCAAGAUGUUUGAUGAUGAAACAAUUAUUCAAGCAAGAAGUUACUUAAUAUUAUUCUAGCAAGAAGAACGUCAUUCCAGCUGUUUGCCAGCGAUUGCUAGGCUUUUUCUAGUUUUAUGAAUACGGCCCAUUUCACCCACUUGGUUUCAUCUUCGUAUAAUUGACGGGUGGAGGGGGCAGGGCUUAAAUGAAAUAACAUCGCAAAUGUUAUUAUAUUGACUAGUGCUGAGGGAUGAAGGUAAGAUAAGUGUUCUUUAUUUACUUUGCGAGCCUGAAAUUCUCCCCUCCCCAUCAUUCAACCCCAUGUUACAAAUAAAGAACACUUUCCUACAUUGAUUAGAGGGCUGGGUAUCAAGUGAAUUCCCUUGAUGAGUGCAUAGAAAGAUCUAUUAAAAGAACAACAAUAUCAACAACAACAAACAACAUCAAUAACAAAACACAGCAACGACCUUCUCAACUUCAAUGUCAGUCACAAAUGACCAUAAAUCCAGAUAGAACAGAUUUAAUAAAGGAAACAUCGCUGAAUAUUACAGCACUUAACAUUUGUAAGCAGGCAAGUUGUAGAUAAAAAAGUAUAUUGCAUUUGAAAAAAAUGGGCUAAAUUUCACAAUCGUUUUAUAAACCAUCAAAAUAUAAUUGAGGAGAUCAAACAAGAACAUCUGAAAUUGUAAUUUAAAAAAUGGAAGAAUGCUUUAUUUAACUUUGAUAUAGAUUAAAAUUGUGUGUUGAUGUUAAUUCCGUAUCACUAUAACCUUGAAAAUAAGUAGCCUUUAUCUAGUUGCCUGAAUUGUAGUGGAAUAUAUUCAAUUACUAACGUAUUUGUUUAACCUGAUGAUAUAUUUAUGUUGUGCCUUUCGAUAUUUUGACUGUCAUUUAUGAAGUAAUCAAUUCGUUUAUUAAUUCAGUUGACGACGAUAGAUGAAAAGAAAACAAGAUUUGAAGUGAAACGAAUUGUAGAUAUUUGUGUUGAAAUUUAUCUUGACUGAAACUACGCUGAAAAUGUGAGGCUUUUUACAUUUAGCUGAAUUCUCACAUCUUACGAGGCACCUAUUGUAGAAGACAUCUUUCAUAUUUGUUUAUCUUUGUUUUUUGUAGAUGAAAUAUUUGAGCGGCUGUAAAUCCAUAGCUUUAGUACUUUAAAUCUUUAUUUUAAAGAAUAUUUUAAAAAUACGAACAUUAUAAAAAAGUGACCCUUUCAUUCCUUUAUAUUUCAGUUAGUUCAAUUUGUUAUGUUCAAUACAAAACAACGUUGACACAUUGGACAUGCUGAAAAAAGGCCAUUGGCUGCUUUCAAUGUGACAGUUUGAUAAAAAUGGAUGAUGCUCCCCCCCCCCCCCUCUUCUCCAACUAACCAAAACAAUACAAUUAUACCAUUUGUAUACAUGAUUCUUACUUAUUGACAAAUAACAAUUAAUCGAAUGUCUGAUGCUUGUUAUCAUUCACAGAGGUACAACCGGAGGUGAACGUAUCAUCUUUACAAUAAACGUUUAUAAUUUGAUCAA